CAAUUAACGCUGACAAAAUACGAGAGUAAAUUAUCCAAACUGGUGAAAAUACUCAAAUGGAAAUAUGAAGAAAGAAAGGACGGCCGAUAACAGCCGACCAUAUAAAUUGGCUCACCAAAUAUUGAGCCUUACAGGUAUAAGUUUCCAAAGGAAGAGUAUUAUUGGCUUUGUGGAAUUGACAAUUGUUCCACUUCGAGAUACAUUGAGGCUUGUGGAACUCAAUGCAAAGCAAUGUAGAAUUUACAGAGUAUGUUUAAAUGAUACUUACGAGGCACCGUUUCAAUAUUUUGAUCCAUUUCUGGAUAUUUGUCAAGGAGAUGGCAAACAGCGGUCAUUGGAAUUUUUUUCAGAUAUGCAUUUAGCAGCAGCGCAGAGGGUGGAUCCAGAUAAUAAUGCAGGGGAGUUAGUUGUGCAAAUUCCACCUGAUGCAGCGCAUGUAGUUGCUGAAGGUAGAAGUUUACGAAUUAGUAUUGAAUUUUCUUUGGAGCAACCUCAGGGUGGAGUACAUUUUGUUGUACCAAACUGUGAAGGAACUUUGGCAGAGAGAGGUGCACAUAUGUAUACAUACAGUUAUGAAAAUUCUUCAAGGCUAUGGUUUCCAUGUAUUGAUAGUUUCGCAGAACCAUGUACUUGGAAAUUGGAAUUUACUAUUGAUGAUUCAAUGACAGCCAUAUCUUGUGGUGACCUUGUAGAAGUUGUAUAUACUCCAGACAUGAGAAGAAAAACAUUUCAUUAUGUUCUCAACACACCAGCAUGUGCACCAAAUAUUGCACUAGCAGUUGGACCAUUUGAAAUAUUUGUGGAUCCAUACAUGCAUGAAGUGACACACUUUUGUUUACCACAGUUAUUACCAUCAUUAAAAGUGUCCGCAAAAUACAUGCACGAGGCAUUUGAAUUUUAUGAAGAAACAUUAUCAAACAGGUAUCCUUAUUCUUGUUAUAAGCAAGUGUUUGUAGAUGAACUGGAUGAUGAUAUCAAUGCAUAUGCCACUAUGAGUAUAUUAAACACAAAUCUCUUACAUUCUACUGCAAUCAUUGAUCAAGUUUACAUUACAAAGAAAGCUAUGGCUCAAGCUGUUGCGGAACAAUUUUUUGGUUGUUUUAUAUCCAUGCAAAAUUGGUCUGAUACAUGGUUGCCUAAAGGUAUAUCAACAUAUCUAACUGGUUUAUAUGCAAAAAAGUGUUUUGGAAAUAAUGAAUAUCGAGAAUGGGUUCAAUCGGAGUUACAAGAAGUUGUAAAAUACGAAGAGCAGUUUGGAGGUAUAAUAUUAGAUCCCUCACAACCACCAGCUCCACUACCCAUUGCAGCCAACACACCAGCACCCACACCAAGAGCUCCAGAUCCUGGUUUUUAUUUUCCAAUAAGAAAUUUACAUACAAUGUCCCCAAAGUAUAUAGAAGUGCUUCGUAAAAAAGCACAUCUAGUAAUCAGAAUGUUAGAACAUCGAAUUGGUCUAGAAUUACUUCUCCAGGUAUUCAAUAAACAAUUAUCCCUUGCUGCUAAUGCUGCGCAACAAAAAAUUGAUUCUGGACUCUGGUCUCAUAUGCUAAUUAGUACAAACGUAUUUACCAAAGCAAUCUUUACUGUAACAGGUAAAGAUAUGGCAGUGUUUAUAGAUCAAUGGGUCAGAACUGGCGGACAUGCGAAAUUUAGUUUAAGUUUCGUUUUUAAUAGGAAGAGGAAUACAGUUGAGUUGGAAAUUCGGCAAGACACCACGAAUCAAAGAGGAAUAAGAAAAUAUGUGGGACCACUUUUAGUUAAUAUUCAAGAGUUGGAUGGUACUUUCAAGCACACAUUACAAAUUGAAGGGACAGUUGCAAAAGCAGAUAUAACAUGUCACAGUAAAAGUCGUAGAAAUAAAAAGAAAAAGAUUCCACUAUGUACUGGGGAAGAAGUGGAUAUGGAUCUUUCUGCUAUGGAUGACUCUCCUGUAUUAUGGAUAAGAUUAGAUCCUGAAAUGACACUUAUGCGUGCCGUUCAAAUUGAACAGCCGGAUUACCAAUGGCAAUAUCAAUUAAGACAUGAGAGAGACGUCACUGCACAGUUAGAAGCUAUCGAAGCUUUGCAAAAUCAUGCAACACCUGCUACGCGAUUAGCGUUGACUGACACGAUUGAAAAUGAACACUGUUAUUAUAAAGUUAGACUACGAGCUGCACACUGCUUAACUAAGGUAGCUAAUGCAAUGGUUGCAACAUGGGCAGGCCCACCAGCAAUGUUAGCUAUAUUUAGAAAAUUAUUUGGAUCAGCAUCAUGCAGACGCAUAAUUAAACAGAAUAAUUUUUCAAAUUUUCAGCACUACUUUCUUCAAAAGACUAUACCUGUGGCAAUGGCAGGAUUGCGAAAUGCUCAUGGUAUUUGCCCACCAGAAGUUUUAGCCUUUUUAAUGGAUUUAUUUAAAUACAAUGAUAACAGUAAGAAUAGAUAUUCGGACAAUUAUUACAGAGCAGCUUUAAUCGAGGCUCUUGGAGCAACUGUUACACCAGUGAUUAGUAUACAACAAGGAACAGCUAUUACUGCUGAAUCUUUAUCUGUUGAUACUAAAGCUAUAUUAGAGGAGGUUACUAGAAAUUUAAAUUUGGAAAAAUUGUUACCGUGUUAUAAGUAUACAGUCAGUGUUACUUGUCUGAAAGUUAUACGAAUUUUACAAAAGUUUGGUCAUCUUCCAAGUAAUCCUCACCUUUUCAGAGCAUACGCUGCAUAUGGACAAUUUAUAGACGUUCGAAUUGCUGCAUUGGAAGCAUUAGUUGAUUUUACAAGAGUGGAUGGUAAAUGGGAAGACUUAGAAUUCUUAUUAGACAUGAUAGAAAUGGAUCCUCACCCUGGCGUACGACAUAGAUUGGUCAGGCUUAUGGUUGAAAAUCCACCGUUCGAAAGAGCCCAUAAACACCGUUUGGAUCGUACUGACUUAGUUGAUCGUAUAUGGAACUUAAUUAAUGGUAUGCUUUCACAUGAUCCCAAAAUACGGUGUGAUUUAGUUGAUUUGUACUAUACUUUAUACGGCUCAAAGCGUCCACUCUGUCUACCUAUUCCUGAAAUUGCUGCCAUUAUGAAACCGAAAAAGGCAGGACCACAAAGCCCUGAACAAGAUGUGAAACCAAACAUAUCGCAUAUAAAACAUGAACCGCUAAUUAUUGAAAUAGACAACGUAAGUGGGUCAGGCAAAAGGAAACCUUCCCCCAACAGAGAUACUCCAGGCCCUUCAAAUUCAAUAGAUUAUGGUCCGGAAGUGAAACGUCAAAAGCAGGCAACUAAUGACGAACGAGCAAGUUCCGUAACUAGCGAAGGGAAAGUAAAAUCAGAAUAUUAUAGUGAUAAUUCUGCGUCAUUACCUGGAAUUAUGGGAACUCCAGGACCAGUAGGAUUUGAACCAGGAAUGUUUAAAAAAGAAGUAGAAGAACACAAACAGAAGAGUGAUUCUGUUAAUAAGAACAAGAAAAAGAAAAAGGACAAAAAGAAGCACAAACACAAACAUAAACAUAAGCAUGAUCAUAAGCAUGGUAAAGAUAAAGAGAAAAAAGACAAAGACAAGGUUAAAGAAAAAGAAAAAGAGAAAGAUAAAAACAAAGAUUCGUCCAAUUUGAAAAUCAAAGAAGAUACUCUAAGCUCUGCAAGCUCUAGUCUCAGUCCUGAUGCAACGACUAUAACUAAUGAAUUUAUUUUUCCGUAAUAAUAAAUUGAUUCACUAGAUUAUAGUCUUUUAAGGCUAAUAUUGCUUAUAUCUUAUAUAAUUUUUAUAUAAUUUAAGACCCAUGUUCUAAUAUAUCAUGAAC